UUUUUGCAUGUGAUGACAGGCAGGAGCUCAGCGAACGAUGACGUCAUUUUGUGACGACGUUCUCGAGGCAGUAGCGUGCUCAACGUGACGCACGCGCAUGCACGCUGGAGUUAUGAGUUUCGAGUGAGCUGUCCAGGCACAAAGUUGACUUGGUCGUGCCGUGCUCUAACAUCAUCGUCUGCUGGAGUCGGUCGGUUUCGUCUGCAAAAAAACAAACUGACGCCUGGAUUCUAUGACGUCACUUUGCCGGUGUGAUGUGUUUACCAAACUACCACUAGAGUUCCCGGGACCAGUCUUGGAAAUGUAAACAUUCCCAUUGGCUCGUUCAUCACCUAGCCAUACGGGUUGUUUUAACCCUUUGACUUCCAGCUGAACUAACUGCCGGCACGCGAGGAGUUCGUUAACCCUUUGACUCCUGCUCCGACCUACACUGUUCUAGUUGUUGCUGUUGAAAACUGGGGCGGGUUAAGAAUAAAAAAUCCUGACCAGUUCAAAUUUUCAUUAUUCAAAUUCGGAGGGGGCGUGUCCAACGGAUAACGGGACAGGUCACGCCCAUGGUGUUUGAAAACGUGGAACGUUUAAAAGAAACGGACUAACUCUACAUGGUGUCGGUUGGCGCAACCACCACCACCCCCACCACAAGCAACGGAAUCAGCGUUUCUGACAUCACCACAGAAUUGGACGACCAAGCAAAAGUUCCAGUGCGGCAAGUUAUCCAGGUCGAAGAGUUUGUUAUCGUAUUAAUCAUUGUCAUCUUCUGGCUUUUCGCUGUCAUGGCGUUUCUCAAGAAGUGGGAUAGUAUCCGUAUCAUGCAGCCAAUGGAGCCAAGAUACAAACACAAUCCAAAGAACCUCGAGAGCAUCAAGAUCGUGAAGCGAGCCCAGGACAGCGUUAUCUACAAGAACUACAGCCGCAAGAUGUCCACCACCAUGGUAGCCCGCGAGAAACGCCGCCUCCAGCGCAUGCAUACCGUGCCUUGCAUGAGCGCCCUCCCCGCCAUUCACCUCGACAGGUUACCCACAAUUCAAAUGGAAGUGACGACAGAGAUGUGAUGACGGCGCGUGGUUUUAUUCUUCAGCGUGAGAGGCAGUGAAAAAAAUGGUGGUAUGGAUGUAGGGAGAGAUUUUAUAUGUAUGGGUGUAGGGUGAAAGGAUUGAUGCGUCUAAGGGGACAUUUGAUGUGAUAUUUAUGUCUAGAGUUGGAGAUUAUUCUCCAAGGUCUUAUUUUUUAUGAUCCUGAUUAGCUGGUUAUUUUGAUUUGUUGAUACAAGCUCAUCUACUAUGAGAUUUGAAAUGUUUAUUUUUUACAAUCUCGCCGUGUAAAAUUACUAAAAUAUAAUAAAGUAA